GUACCUGUUUUAUGUAAUUUUCACUUUUUCUCAAGAUCCACUAAUCAGGAUUCGGUGACCCAUUUCUCUGUCUCCCGGGUCUACCAAAAGACCCAACACAGAUGGCGAAUGAGCCCCGUUCGACGGCGUCCUCCGCCGUCGGCGGCGGUAUGACAGUAGACGAAUGUGAUAGCAUGAUUCAAAGGAGCCUUAGAACUCCAAUGGUGAAAUUUCUGAAGGAGCACCUGGAGAAAUCUGGAUGUAAUAUUGGAAGUAAUUUCAUCAAGGCAGUUCAUUGUGAUAAGAAAGUCAGUGGCGGCUAUGUUCGCGGUGAAGGGAUAGUAGUAUGCAGUAAUCACUUGAAAAUUCAAGAUGAGGUGAACCAAGUUGUGAUUCAUGAACUCAUUCAUGCAUAUGAUGAUUGUCGUGCUGCGACUUUAGACUGGUCUGAUUGUGCUCAUCAUGCUUGCAGUGAGAUUCGAGCAGGCCAUCUUACCGGUGAUUGCCAUUAUAAAAGGGAAUUACUGCGUGGGUUUGUGAAGAUACGAGGUCAUGAACAAGACUGUGUGAGGCGAAGAGUGCUGAAAUCCGUCACCGCCAACCCAUACUGCUCAGAAGCGGCUGCGAAGGAUGCUAUGGAAGCUGUUUGGGAUGUUUGUUACAAUGACACUAAACCCUUUGACAGAGCUCCUUGAAAUAGAAGCUCUCACGAAUGAGUCCCUGGCAGGCCAUGUGAUACUAGUAUAAUUUGGCUGGUUUGAGAAAGCCACGAGGUGUAAACUAUAAAACUACAAUUUGUUUGUAGCUCGGUACCAUUUAAUGCCGCUAUAAAUUUUAGGUUUCAUUUGUUAAAAAAAUAUAAAGGGGGGGUUUGGUAAGAGAAAAUGCAAGAGCAAAGUACUACAAAAUUUCGAUAGCA